CAAACGAUGCGGAGCCACCGAGUCUGACUGAAUCAGCCAAUCAUGGACGUCAUUCUGAUGGCUCUCAUUAAUUGACAGCGAUUCGGGCCAAUCAGAGGAGCCCUUGGCAGGAGGCCGCGGAGCAGGAAGGCGGGGCUUCACCGCCACUCAGUAGAUCAGCGAAACAAAAUGGCGGCCGUGGCUGCUGAGGCAGGAGCAGUGGUUCCGACCACAGCACGGUCCGAGAAUCCGCCAGAACCGGGCCUGGACAGCACCGGACGCCACCAGGUCCCAGCGGAGCCCAGCUGUGCUCCAGAAUCCGGUUCGAGUGGGAAUCCAGAGAACGGAGAAUUUGCGGAGGGCCGCCAUGUUGGUCCGGAGCAGAAGCCCGGGGCGGGACCGGAUUUACCCGGGACGGACAGAACCUCCGAGGGUCAGCUGGACCGUAGUGGGACCUCUGAUGAUGUACCGGACCGGAGUAGCGUACCCCCGAACCAAGCCCCGAGCUCGGAGCUUUCGGAGCUCCCUGUGGACUGCAGCGGCUCUGAACGGGUCUUUCUGGGACUGCCGAACUCAGACGGUACCAGCAGCUAUCGAACCAUCCCUUUGGACCCGCAGCCCCCUGCGGUUUUCCUGCACUCGGUUCCGGACCCUGCUCCGGUCUCUGAGGCCGGGCUUUCUUUGGCUGAACCGGCAGAACCUACUGAGACCACCGAACUGGACCGGUGCUACACCAUUUUGGAUCAGGAAGAACUUGGAUCCCGACCUAAGCAGGAAUCUGGUUCGGAAGGGGUUCCGGAACCAGCUGCCAAGUUCUGUAAGACAUCAGCAGGCUCUAAACACGAAGACUGCCCUGGAUCGGUACCGAGUUCUGUGCUGGACCUAAGUCCUGGUACCGAGGUCCGAGUCAGCCUGGAGCACGUGAUCGAUGACGCGCUGGUGGUGUCGUUCCGCCUGGGGGAGCAGGUCUUCUCAGGGGUUCUGAUGGACGUGUCCAAAAGGUUUGGACCCUACGGUAUACCCAUCACCACUUUUCCCAGACGAGAUGACCGCAGCUGUCCGCCAGCACCUCUGCAGACGAUUGCCGCCGACGACAAGCCAACCACCAACCAGGAAGAGGCUUCUGCUGUUUCCGUCGCCCCCUCCCACCCCCAGCCCUGGGGCUCCAAGCCACCGCCGCUGUUCCAGGACGGGGCGCCGUACCCUCCCCCUCUAUUCAUCAGAGACACUUACAACCAGGCCUUACCUCAGCCGCCACCACGCAAGAUCAAACGCCCAAAGCGUCGCUACCGCUGCGAGGAGCCCACUUCAAUCAUGAACGCCAUCAAGCUCCGCCCCCGGCAGGUUCUGUGUGACAAAUGUAAAGGUGUUGUGGCUUCAGGGAGCCACAGAGAGGCCCGGCGAGGUGUGGUGGAGCUGAAGGCUGAGGAGGCGUCACGUCGGCGGCGGCCACCAGAUGUUCCAAUGUCCUCUGAGUUGAAACGUCUGAGGAUUGACGACAGGUCAGGACGUUCUGCCGCUGACAAGCGUACAUCAGGGACACAGGUGACUUCCUCUUCCCGCCGUGUCCUGAGGGGUGUGGUUCCAUCCUCAUCCUCAGCAGAUUCCUCCAGCCGGAUGCGCCUGAAGUUAAACUCUAAGAAGGUUCUUACAAAAAGUUCGGACCGCCCCACCACCCGCAAGGUUCUCCAGAAGUUGGCCCCGCACCACCGGCCCAAAGACCAGAACCAGGACCACAGAAAGGCAGUGACCCGGGCUGCCGCUCUGCAAAACCACAAUCAGAAGGUCCACUUUACUCGUCGCCUGCAGCACCUGAGCGGCACCAACAUCAGCACGCCACUGCCGCCCAGAAUGCGCCUCAAACCUCAAAGGUACCGUACCGAUGAGCCAGCCCCAUGCUCCGCCUCCGAGGCAUCGCCCAAACCUGCCACAAGCCCCGUCCACACACCUGCGUCUCCUGCCACAGCUCCUCCCACAGCCCCUCCUCCCCCAUGUGCAGCCCCCACUGUCGUAGAAAGGAACGAGGACGAAGGAGCUGGCUGGCAGGAGGUGGAGCCUCCCCCGCCUUCGUCCUCCUCUUACUCCUUAGACUCCUCCCACUCAGAGUGCAGCUCCACAGAGACUUAUGACGUCCCUCCUCCUGGAGAGCCGGCGUCCUCUUCCUCUGGCCCCGCCCCUGCGCCUCCUCCAUCCUCCACCACGGCAGCCCCUUGCUGCCCCGCAUCUUCAUCCCCGGCUCCACCUGCAGCCGAAGGUGAGGAUGAGGAGGAUGGAGGUGACAUAAAGCGACGUAGGAAGUUGUCCACGUCCUCCUCCUCCUCGUCUUCAUCCUCCUCAUCUGUCUUCUCCAAAUCCGUGUCAAAGUGUUUAUUGCCGGACGGCCGCACCGUGUGUGUCGGCGACAUCGUCUGGGCAAAGAUUUACGGCUUCCCCUGGUGGCCGGCACGCGUCCUGGGUAUCACCGUGGCUCGCCGCGGUGACACAGGCCUGGCGGUACGGCAGGAGGCGCGCGUCUCCUGGUUCGGCUCCCCUACCACAUCCUUUCUGCCGCUUUCUCAGCUCUCACCCUUCCUUGAGACAUUUCAGUCGCGCUUUGACAAGAAGAGGAAGGGGCCAUACCGCCGCGCCAUCGCUGAGGCCGCCAGCGCGGCCAAACAGCUCACCCCCGAGGUCCGUGCGCUUCUCACGCAGUUCGAGACGUAACAUAGGCCCUGCCCCUAUAAAAGAGUUCCCACCCCCCCUACACAUGAACUGGGAGGAGCCAAACCCAGACUAAUGGACCGUGGAUAGGUGGGAGGAGCCUCAGAUGGCAGGGGGCGGUGCUUGUAUCUUCCACAGCAUUUCCGUUGCCGCUCAUUCUGUUGGCUUAUGUCAUCUUUGUGUCGAGUCGUUCCUUUAACUUAUCGAUUUAUCAGGAUUUUGUGAGCUAUGAUUGGCUGACACAGGUGACAUAAUGAUUACAUCACAGCUCUGCCAGUUAGAAACACUAAUCAUUCAUCUGUCUCUAUGAAGCCAGGGUUUUAUUAUGACUAUGCUGCGGCGCCCCCUGCGGGGCGGCUCGGUCCGACCCAAGCAGGCUAUGCUGACUCUGACAUCAUUUCCUGUUGCGUUUUGACUGAAAAUAUUUGUACUUUCUGUUGAAGUUCUGUUCGAUGUUUAACUGUGAAACUGAGCGAGGUCCAGACUGAGGCUGGGGUCCAGAACACGGUGGAGAUCAGAGUCGCAUGCCAGGUGUGCCGUUAUCAUCAUUAUCAUAGCUGCUCUUCCAUUGGCCCCCACCAGUUUAUUCAUCGGUCCGGGUCUCCGUAGACUCCGCUUCCUGUUGAUUGGGUCUCUGGGUUCUGAUCCCUGAGAAUAUUUCCAAACUCCUGGAUCUUGGUCAGAGACGUUUCGUGCAGACGAUGGCCUGACCUCUCAUGCUACGUUCAGACCGCAAGCGCUAGAAGCAGCAAAAAGAGCGCCUCUUUUUAGAUGUUUGUCCACAUUAAGGUCCGACGCGCCUCAAGUGCAUCAUUGACGCUCCUGAAGCGCGUUCAGUAAAGUGUGUCCAGAUGCGUCUGAUGCUUCUCCACUG